AUGGGCCCGAAGCGGCUGCUGCUCCCGCUCCUGCUAUUGCUGCAGCCGCGCCCGACCGCGGGGAUCGGCCCCGGGACCCCCAGCCCGACCGCGGGGGGCAGCCCUGGGUCCCCCAGCCCGACCGCGGGGAUCGGCCACGGCGCUGCCACCGACCCUGGUAGUCUCGGCACGACUCCGGGGGGAAGUUCGGGCCCCGAAAGCCCCAGCCCAGAGGGAGGCAGCUCCGCGAAGCCGGAGGCCAGCACGGUUCCAGUCAUCCAGGGAGACUCAUCCGCUCCCGAAGCCUGUUUGCCCACCUGUAUCUGCAACCUGCAUUCUGGAUCCUGUGACAUAAACUGCUGCUGUGAUACUGACUGUAACCUUGGCUGUGAUCUGGAGGACUCAAGGGCUGCCUUCUCCUUCUGUCUUCCAGGCAGCACCAGAAUUGUGAGUCAAAUGUGCGUGGAGAAGUCUCUUAUUUUCAGAAAUAACACCCCUCAUCACACUGAAAUCAUCACUGACCCCAGCGGAUCUGAGUCUCUGUUCUGUGUGCAGCUAAGUGAUUCAAAGUUGAACUAUUUCCAGCAGCCGCAAAAAGUUAAAAAAUCAGAUUUCUCUGUGUUCUUGGCACAGUAUGGCGGACCAUCAUUCAUUCCACCAUCACAAGACCUGCCAUCUUCCUCUGCGUUUUACCGGGCUGGUGAUCCAAUCCAGACCUACUUUGCUGCAUCAUCUGUACGGAGCACACUAAGACAGCCAGUGGGAAUGAGUGCCAAUGGAUUUUGUAUUGAUGGGAAUCCUGCUGGUUUCCUGGAGAGUAAAAGCACAAGCUGUACUCGGACCUUCACCAACCUGAGCAGCAGCUGCACCACUGAUCCUACCUUGGAUGCAGCCUCAUAUUACCGUGACUUCACUAUAUUAAAGGUCCCAGUUAAUAUGACCAUUGUCCAGCUCAUACAGGUGAGAAUCACCCCUGUCACACAGCCUGGAGCUCCCCAGAUGGAUGGCAACACCUGUCACAAUGUUGUUUCUGAGGUGAUCUAUGAAAUAGAGUUCAAUGGGACCCAUGGAAUCCAGAAUGUCUCUGUCCAGCUUAAAGUGACCAGUGUCUCUGGGAACUCUCUGCAGCAGCGGUUCACACUUCAGUUCUGGCAGAGCAGGACCCCUUCAUAUACCUUGCCAAGAAGCGGAAACCCUGGCUAUAUCAUUGGGGCACCACUCUUGUCUCUAAAUAGUGGUGCCAGGCAGCAAGUGACUAUCUUACAGAGCCAGGGUGAUGGAAUAUGCUCUCAGACUCUCAGGUACAAGGUACAGUUUGGAAUGAAUUUGAGGACAAGCUGCCAGCUCAGCAUAUCCCAAACAAUGGAGGAUGGAAAUUGUAGCUACUUUCAGGAGAAGCUAUACCAGGCCCUCCAAGGGGUGAGCAGCCCACAGGCUCUGGCCAUAAUUGGCAGUGCUGAGCCAACCCAGACAGAUCAGUGGACCAGCAUCAUUAUCCGGAACUGCAGUAUGCAGGCUGGGAAUUGUGCCUCCUGCUGUAUGGUUCCUGUGUCCCUGAAGAUCCAGGUAUUGUGGGCUGAGGUUGGCCUCCAGUCCAAUCCACAAAGUCAAGUGCUGGGAGCACGGUAUUGGUAUCAGUGUCAGUCUCUGAAGUCCCUCAACAUGAGCAUGGUGCCUUUGACAACCGUUGUUUCCUUCACUGACAUGACAGAAUGGCCAAAGCCUCCACGUAGCCAGCCCGGCACAUACUGGAAACUUCCAUUUGACUUCUUUUUCCCCUUCAAAGUUGCAUCGAAUGGGGGGAUAAGCUGUCAAGGAGACCUGGCUGGUGCUUUCCUGAUGUCUCUCACAUUCUGCAGCAUUCUCAGUUUCUGAAGAGAGUGAAGUCUGGUGCUCUGCUCCUCAUGGCAACAUUUAUGCCCAGGUAGUACCAGAGAGCUCACGCCAUCCUGCUGUAUCCUGAUGUCACAUCUGGUGCCUGUUCCUCACCUGGGUGAGACAAUAUGAGAGAGACGGUAACCUAAAUGAUUCCUCUUUGUUCUUGUGAACAGCAAAGGUGUUUAUCUGACAGCUUAAAAAAAGCAGAUGUUUCAGGAAAUCCUGUUGGUGUAAUGGUACAGUCAGAAUAUGAUGCAGACCAAAGACUCUUCUAUUCUGUUCAGGUUCUCACCCUGUGCCUAUCAUCAUGCUAUCCCUGUUCCUUCCUGUAGUGCAUUGUGACCUUAUUAACAUCUGUCACCUGUGAUCCUUCAAUGUCUGCAACCUCUUUAUGCAGAUUUGUGAAGGUCAACCCAGCAUUGCUCAUGGGGGAUGGGAGGACAGAAGGAGCAGUCUCUGUGUGGAACAAAGAGGAGCGAGGGAAUGAAAAGGAACUUUCUUUAUUCUGUCCCCUACAAGAAGGAAAAGUCCCUUCCAAGCUGAGCGAUAUGGGGAGAAGUGCAGCUUUCAUUUCUAGUUUCCCUCCCUAUUGGCAGGGAGUCUGGAGCUCACUUGUUCAGCUCCCUGUUACAGAAGAGCCUCAUCUUUCCCUGUGGAAUUGUAAUUUGUACGUUUUAAAUCUGAUAUAAUUGAUCCAGCGAUAGUUUCUGUAUGAAAUCAUCGGUGCCCCUGUGACUAGCUGUAGAAUGUAUGCCUUUGUUAGGGGACCUGAAUUACUAUUCAGUGAUUGAUACUAUAAUGACCUAUCUGCUCGUCUCCUUUGGCCCAUUUUAAAUAAGCUGGCCUUGUGCAUCUGUGUCAAUCUUUAUCUCUUACUUUUUUAUUAAUCUCUUCAAAUAAAAUUGGCACCUGAACAUGCAUUACUUUAUUAACAUGUUUUUAUUUGCAAGAUGGGUAUGCAAGACACAAGGAAUUACGGAGGUUCUGUCCUUUGGGAUUACUGUCCUGGGAAUUUUAUGCCCAAGUCUUUUGACAGCUCUCCUUUCCACCCUCACAGCCCUUCCGUCAUGCAUACAGGCUCAAUGCCACUCUCCCCAACUGUGGUGGUUUAGGAUUCUCUAAAACUGGGCAGUACUACUGCUCCAGGUCCAAGCAGAGGCUACACUGGCAGUGACCGCCAUCGUGAAUGUUGGAUGAUGUAUAAGAGAUGAGUCAUCCUGAGUAGUUAGAGUUGGAGAUUAAAGUUAAUUAUUUUAGAAAAGGUUUGCAAUUUAUUAUGAGACUGCAGUCUCAUGCAACACCUAGGCUUUGACUCUGGCCUCCUGUGGCUCAGUGACAUUUCAUAGAUUUCAGGGCCAGAAAAGACCUCUAGAUCUUGGGAUAAAUGAAGGAGGGUAGCUUCCUUUUAUGGACACCCAGCCAGCCACUUAGCUAUAAAAUCCCUCUUGGUAGCUGUUCUCUACUUGCUUUACCUGUAAAGGGUUAAAAAGCCCAUAGGUAGAAGAAAGGGAGUGGACUCCUACCAAAAGAGUCAACGGAAGGGCUAGAACUUUUUUAAAUUGGGAAAAAACUUCCCUUUGUCCGUCUGUCAUUCUCCAGAGAGAAGGUACAGAGCAGAGGCAGGGCUGGGACUAUGCUGUAAGAGCUUUGAGCCAGGUAUGGAAAACCAUCAAAUCAUACCUAGGAAUUGCUUAUCUGAAACCCCAGAUAUGUAAGUAAAUCAGGGAAUGUCUAGGAAGAUGCGAUUAGGGUUAUUUCUUGUUGUCUU